AUGGGUGAGAAGAAGAAGAAGAACAGCAACGGGGAGGCGCAGCAGAAGGAGGGAGCAGAGAGCAAGAAGGGCGACAAUGGAGGAGGGAAGAGCAACGUCACGGUGGUGUUGAAGGCUGAUUUGCAUUGCGAGGGAUGCGUUUCCAAAGUCUUGAAGUGCAUUCGCUCCUUUGAUGGUGUUGACACUGCGAGUAUCGGCGACGAGCAGAGGAUUACGGUGGUGGGGAAAGUGGAUCCGGUGAAGCUCCGGGAAAGGGUGGAGCAGAAAACCCACAAAAAGGUUGAACUGAUUUCCCCACAGCCCAAAAAGGACAAUGCCAACAAGAAGAAUGGCGACGGAAAAGAGAACGCAAAAAUCGACGGAGGCAACAGCGGCGGCGACGGAAAGCAAGAGAAGAAGAAAGAAGGCAAGGACAAUAACUCCUCCAAGAAUAAAUCUGAUGAGAAAAAAUCAAAGGAAAAAGAGCCGCCUGUGACGACGGCGGUGUUGAAGGUGCACUUACACUGUGAGGGCUGCAUCCAGAAAAUCCACAAAGCCGUCACCAAAACCAAGGGGUACCAGGAGAUGAAGAUCGACCGGCAAAAGGAGCUCGUGACGGUGACCGGCGCCAUGGACAUGAAGGCGCCCUAA